GUUGUAACCUAAACUUAAAAAUGGCUGCCCCCUUGAAACCAGUUAGCAUGUAGUUGCUAGCAUUAUCCAUACUGAAGUAAGAGGUCGUGGUAAUAUGACGGAUAUCUAAAAUCCCAUUGUAGGUAAUACGAAGUGAAGCGUUGCAGUUGCCAGGAUGAACUUGAAAGACGUAGUGAGAUGGAACGUGCGCGUCUCGCUCAUAUAUGCGGUAGGCAUUUGGACAUUGAUGGGCACGUACGGAUAUUAUCGCUUGAAAAGGCCUAAAGAGAAUGAACCAGAAGACUCAAAAGAUGGAUUUGUAGACAAAGAACUCCUGGAUGAAGUUGCUGCAGUUCCAGAGGGAGAAAAACUACAAGGCUUCCAUGUCAAGACUACAGUCGUUUAUAAGGAAAAUUUUGUUCCUUAUUCUACAAGACUUUUCAAUUAUUUGAAAACCCUGAGUGUAGAUGCUGGGCAUACCUCCGACAGCCAGGGACCUGAAAAGUGAUUUUCAGUUGUAUGCCAAAAAUGAAUUUGUGAUUUUUGUUGUGUCUUCCCAGCUCCCAGGUUAAUUUAGUAUAAUGUAUGCUUCACAAUUGGAUAUUUUAAAACUAUGUAUUGGCUUUAUUUUUGUUAAUAUAUGGACACAUGUAUACAGAUUCUCUGUAUUAUUGGGAAAGAUUGUCUGGAAUGAAAGACAACCAUGAAGUUAAAAUGUUCCCCAGCAAGGUACAACUUUACAAUGUUUUUUUUUUUUUUCAUUAUUAUUUGUCCUGAGAGGAUUUUGUGCUGAGAGAAUUUGCUGGUUAGGAAAUCCAUUUGGACCACCACUCCCUUGUCUUCUUGGGAUCUUCUGAAUUCUGUUGACAUUUUGGUUUUUGUGUGCCUGCAUUUCUGGAAAAAAAAGCAUACUUCCAUGAUCCUUCCCAUCGUACUGUAUUGUGCUUUGGCUGAAUUUCAUGUUCACUUAUUUUAAUGUCCAGGCAAGGCUCGCUUUGUUAUUUGCACAGAUUGAGUGACAGCACGUACCUGCGUGGGGCUCAUAAGCCAGAGAAGGAAGGAUUGAAACCAUGCUUUGCUUAGCCAACGAGGGCAGCCGUGUGAAGAAAUGUAAGCGAGCUGGAUACUGGGCUAGGGAGACAGGGGUUUAAGGGCUGCACAGAACAUGUCUGGUGGCCACAAUACUGUGUUGUACCCCUGGCCAAUUGUGAAGGCCCAGAGCAUGAAACAUGAUAAAAAUGAUUGCGUCUGUCACUUAUAGCCAGUGCUAUAAAAACACUUGAACUUUUGUUUAAAAACAAAUUAGAUAUGAGGAGCUAGUUUAGAUAUCAGAAUGAUCAGUUCCAGUUUUGAUU